GGGUCUCCGCCGUGCGGGGGGACCUGCGAGUCCCCCCCCCGCGCUGCCUCGAACUAGAAGAAAUGUUUUGGGACUAGUUUAAACUCCCCAGGGUAUAAAACGGGACCUAGUUAACCACAGCUUGCAGCAACGACUUGGGAGCGCUUGGUGGGAAUUGCUGGGAAGAGCACACGUUUCCUGAAAGGCAAGCAAGGUUUACAUUAAGGACAUGGUGACUGAUUUUGAUGAAAAACAUGAUGAGUAUUUAAUAUCCCUUCAGCAGAGAAACCGGAUACUGAGACAAUUAAAAAGAAAAGACCCUAUACAAAUCAAACUGGAGCGGUUAGAACAAGGAUUUUGUCUGUAUAUGAAUGGAGCUAAUUCAGAGCCAAGAAAUUAUUCCAAAAAAUUCAACUCACAAGGCUACCCUAAAACUGAAGCAAGGACCGCCAGGACAAGUGCAGCCCAGCUAGAAGAGAGGGACUUGCGAGAACGGAGCACACAGACUGCACCAAGCAAAACAAAGCGCAAAGGAUGGCUUCAGAAAACUGUGGAGAUUAAAACAGAAAGUGGAUCUAAACUCUGCAUUAAACCUCCUCCUGAGUACUCUGAGGAUUUUGAACCUUAUGAAAGCGUGAACAUGGAGACAGAUGAUGAUGAUGAUGAUGAUGCUCUCUGCUACUCCCAGAAUUUCAUGUCUUCCAGUAGCAGUCCAUCCAGUAACUUUAAAGACUCAACCCUGAACUCCAUUACACAACUUUGCAGUGACAGUAAAAAGGAAAAAAUAUUAUUAAGUAUUGAGGACAUAAAGGAUCUGAGAAGAAGCUUGCAGAUCAGUAUAGAAGAGAAAAGGAUGGAGGAGAAAUCUUUUAGUGAUGAUUAUGACUCUGUUGAAGAGGAUGUGUUUUCAGAAUCAUCUCCUACUGAGGAAACAAUUGCAAGCUUUGGAGGCCUUCAGUUGCAUAGCAAUAAAUCAUUGCAGAAAGAAACUUCUGAACAUCAGGAGGCUGGGAGACGCUCUAGCCUUGAUUCUGGUGCUCUUAUUGUGUUGGAGUUCAAGCAGGAUCAAAGUAAUGUGAAACCGGUACGAGUUUGCUCUGCAAAAAGAAAAGAUAAUGCUGAAACAUACGUUCCCGUCAGACCAAUCGUGGUGAAAAAUGAAAUACCUCGGCCGCUCUCUGCUGAGUCUUUGCAGCAGGAAAGACAGGAAAAAACUUGCUUGAGACCACUAAGUCGACCAGAAAGACCACUUUCAGCCACUCGGAAGAACGUGUGUGAGAAGGAUCCUGAGCUCUCUGUUUCUGCCGUUAUUAAAGCUAUGCAAAUUGAAAAUGAAGUAUUGCAGAAAGAUUUGCAAAGGCGAUCAGUUUCCGCAAGCCAUGAGAAGAUACUUCCUGUUUCGUCUGGUUUUGUUUCUGCCAUGGCUGAACCUUCAGAAAAAAGUCGGACGACUGCAGUUGCAAAAGCUGUUGAAAGGAUAAGUCUUUUUGGAAGCAGGCAACAGAAGAAACUUCUGAAAGUUCUUCAGGAUAUUGAGAGCCGUUCUGCCUGUGAUAAGGACAUAUUCUUACCUGAGGAAAAAUCUGAAGCAGGUUCCACAGUGAGAGAGAGGGUCCAGAUGACAACCAGCAUGGAAAUUCGGGAUGCCAUCUAUGUGACCAUGGAAAUUCUUUCUAACUGGGGAAAUCCAGUACAUGUGGGCUUGAGAGAGGUGGAGUUCUUCGAUUUAUAUAACGAUAAGAUAUUUGUCUCUCCUCAUGAUGUGGACAUUCGAAAUACUGACUACCCAGGGGAUUUGUGCUGCUUGGUCAAUAAGAAAUUAAGUACCGCGAAGGAAAGCUUCCUUUGGAUGUGCCCUUUCUAUCCGCCCAUUCAGCUUUACUUUGUUAUCCGCAAUCCCACUCGGUCACGUGACUUUGGUAUAUCCAAGAUCAAGAUUUGGAAUUACAACACAACAGCUCUUAGUGACCUUGAUGUAGGAGCAAAGAAAGUGAAGUUAUAUGUUGAUGAGAACCUGAUAUUUGAUGGUGAAUUAGAGAGAGGCUCUGGAGAGCUCAUCACUGACUGUAGCACUACAAUUGACCUUGCACAUCAUGGACAAAGUGUCGCUGCACAUUCUUCAAAUGAAGAGGAAGAAAUAAAUGCAGCAGCACUCAUAGACAAUAAAGAGGACCUAUAUUUAAAACACCUACAGCCAAGCAAUACUUCACUAUACUGGAAGUCUCUGCCAGAGGAAAAUCAUCUUGAGGAUAAGAUGAACUCUAUCAGCUUUGUGAAGGAAAACUUGACUGAGUUAGAGGAUGAUCUAAAAGAGUUACCAUCUCACGUUUGUAUGAAAGAUACCAAAGAGGAUGCAACAGUACCAACAGUUACACAGCAUAUUCAAUCUGAUGAACUUCCUUUGAGUGAGGAAAUGGAAAAACUAACAGGAAGAAAACUGUCUGAAUCUGCUGAUGCGCUUCCUUCUUGGUUACAGUCCCCGUCCCAGGUAACAGAGAAUAAUCAAGGUAUUUCCAGUAAGCAGAAGCCUUUGUGGCUUGCUACAGAACAUUGUUUAGGCUUGAGAUUUCAAACACAGUCAGAUGGAAUCACGAGAAACUUUUCAGGUCUGACUAAUGAGGAUGUCAAAUGUCAGAAAAAUGAAUUGGGAAGAUCCGGCAGUAGAAAUCUAGCAAACAGAGAUGAGAGGUCACAAAUGCUAACCAGAAAAGAUGGCAGUGUUGGCUUGGACAUUUUGGAGCAGCUUUCUAACAAACAUUGCUACAACUUAGAGUAUCCUACAAGUGGAAGGAGAAGCGUCAAAUAUGGAAGAAAGGAUAUGGAAGAAUAUCAAAUAUGGAAGAAAGCGUCAAAUAUGGAAGAAAGGUUAAGCGCUAUAAAUGUUGGAGAAUGUGAUUCAGCACUCAAAGAUGAAGACUUCUCUAUCAAGGGCAUAGCAACCUCUAGAGCAAGAUGGCACAGUGAACAAGAGCAUACUCUUCAGGAGUCCUGGAACUCCUUGGUAAAGUUUAAUUAUUCCCAUCGUGGCCGAAUCUCUAACAUGGAUUUUCAAGGGGAUAUCUUUGAUGAGUUUCUCCAUCAGCAGAAAAUCAACCGGCUUGGAGAAUAUCAGCUAAUGAGAAAAGACGAACUACAAACACUACCAAAAAGGCAAGAAGAAGAAAAUUCUAUGGAGAUGGAUGAUGGAAAUGAUUUCAAAAUCCCUGUUUUGCCUUAUGGGCAGCACUUAGUGAUAGACAUUCAAACAACAUGGGGAGACAGGCAUUAUGUUGGUCUUAAUGGAAUUGAAGUUUUCAGCUCUAAAGGAGAGCCUGUUCAAAUUUCAAAAAUAACAGCUAAACCGCCUGAUAUAAAUAUUUUACCAGCUUAUGGCAAAGAUCCCAGAGUAGUAACCAACCUAAUUGAUGGGGUAAAUCGGACGCAGGAUGAUAUGCAUCUCUGGCUAGCACCAUUUACCCCUGGAAAACGUCACUUUAUCUUUAUUGACUUUGUGAAUCCCUGUCAAGUAGCUAUGAUUAGGAUUUGGAAUUAUAAUAAAUCUCGCAUACACUCUUUCAGAGGUGUGAAAGACAUUGUAAUGGAGUUAGAUGAACAAUGCAUCUUUAAAGGAGAAAUUGCAAAAGCUUCAGGAACCUUGUCUGGAGCUCCAGAGCACUUUGGGGAUACUAUAUUGUUCACUACUGAUGAUGAUAUUCUUGAAGCUAUAUACUGCUAUGAUGAGACAUAUGAUGGAGAGAUGGAAAAUGCCUGUUCCUUGAGAUAUGAAGAAGAGCUAAAGAGGCCAACAACUGCUGAUGGGGAGGGAGAUGAAAGACCUUUUACACAAGCAGGGUUAAGAACAGAGGAUCAACAGGUUCAAGAGCAGGUAAUUGUGUCAGACCCUCUCUCUGAAUUUACACCCAAGGAACCAGGGAUAUUUACUGGAAAGUGCCUACAGCUGAAUUUUACCAUGACCUGGGGAGACUCUCAUUACCUAGGACUGACUGGACUUGAAGUGAUAGGAAAGAAUGGUCAAGCAUUAAAAAUAACUACAGAACAGAUUUCUGCUUUACCCCAAGACUUAAAUGAUCUUCCAGAGUGUAUGGGAGAUUCCAGGACAUUAGAAAAGUUAAUAGAUGGGACUAAUAUCACGGUUGAGGAUGACCAUAUGUGGCUUAUUCCCUUCUCUUUUGGAGAAGAUCAUCUGUUCACAAUCUAUUUUGAUAAAAUUGAAAGUAUUGCAGGGCUUCGCUUUUGGAACUAUAAUAAAUCUCCAGAGGAUACCUACAGAGGGGCUAAGGUAGUCCACGUUUCGCUGGAUGGUUGCAGCAUCUCCCCGCCGGAGGGCUUUCUUAUCCGCAAGGGACCAGGCAACUGCCACUUUGAUUUUGCUCAAGAAAUUCUCUUUGUUGACUACCUGCAGCCCCAGCUGAUUACUAGAGCACAUAGGAGGACUGGUUCAAAGAGAAUGGAACAAGCUAGUAUGGACUAUGAAGCACCCUUAAUGCCAUGUGGUUUUAUUUUCCAGUUUCAGCUUCUGACGAGUUGGGGUGAUCCAUACUACAUUGGCUUGAAUGGACUAGAGUUUUUUAAUGAACAUGGAGACCAAAUCUUGCUAACUGAAAACAAUAUUGCUGCUUUUCCAGAUAGCGUCAACAUUUUAGAGGAUGUGUCUGGAGACAUCCGAACUCCAGACAAACUCAUUGACGGAGUAAAUGACGCAACUGAUGGCAGACAUAUGUGGCUUGCACCAAUUCUUCCUGGUGUGGUGAAUAGGGUAUAUGUUAUUUUUGAUGUGCCUACUACUGUGUCAAUGAUCAAGUUAUGGAAUUAUGCCAAAACACCGCAGAGAGGUGUGAAGGAAUUUGGUCUUCUUGUGGAUGACUUGCUUGUGUACAAUGGAAUCCUGGAUAUGGUGAACCAUGUAGUAUCAGGCAUCCUACCCACCUGUGAUCCGGUGGUCCCGUAUCAUACCAUUCUCUUUACAGAUGAUGAGAAGAUUUGCCAUCAGGAGAAGAGGACUAUUAUUAGCAAUCAUGUGGGGGAUCAGGAUGUACGAAUGAUGAAUGAAAAUCAAAUUGUCACAAACACCAAAAAGAAGCAGGUUAUGGCUGAUCCAGCUUUACGUCCAAAAACCUGCAUAUGCGAUAAAGGACUACUGAGGAGGAAAAGAUAACAAGGGAUUGCGUUUGGAAAGUCCUGAAUAUAUCCAGUCCUAGAUAUUUGCCAUCUAGUUCUCCAGGAUAUGCAUCAUCUGAAUAGAAGAUAUUUCCUGCGUGAUACUGCUGAGCCUCCUCUUGUCUUGUGAGAGGAAGUUUUAUUCACUACAGGAAAUGUUGUUCAGUAAUGAAUUUUGAAGUAUGGACUUAGUUUUCUGGGUUUUUUUUUUUAUUAUUUUUUUAUUUUUAUUGUCAUCAUAUCUAUUGUCUGAAUUGUUUCCCCUCUUGAUUGAAAAUCCAGGGAGGAAGGAAUGUAAAUGAAUACAAACCUUAUUGCUAGUUGAUGCCUGUUCCUGCCAAGGACCAAGAAUUUGGGUGAAGCAAGGAUGGUCAUAGCAAGAAGUUUUACAGAGCAUCUUUCAGGCUUUAAUUCUUAAAUGCUAGCUGGCUGAUCACAAAGCUCCCUACUAGACGGAAGCUUCUGCUGUGUUUCUGUUCAAGCAGCCUGUAAACAGUUCUUUGGAAAAUGCACUUAUUAGGAUAAAUAUUCUCUAUCUCUGUCUGGGCUGCCACUCUACCUUUUCAUGCCCUGGCUCUAUCCAUGAACUGACAUUGGAAGAGUUUCCCUUGGGCAGCAGAAGUGUGGUAAUUGCCUUUAGAAAAUGGAGACCAGGAAAUGGGUUUAUCAAGGUUUGAUAAGUAAGUUUCAGCUGUCACUUCUGUUACUUUUUACAGUGAAAUAAGGAUUUCUUCCAUUAUUUCACUAUCCUGAAAAAAGCAAAAAUGUGCUUUGUCUGAAGUCCUAUCCACUGGCGCUCUACGAUUCCUUCAGAGUCCUACUGCUAUAGAGCAAUACUCUCUUCUCCUACUUUACCUGCACUUGGUUAUGUGAACAACGAGGACAUACCACUGUGCUGCAUCAACAAGAUCUGUUGCCAACAACAGAUCAUCCCCUUUGAGAAACACCAAAGGCAUGUUAGCUAGUAGGUGGUGAUGGGUUAACUGCAUUUUGAAAGCACACAAUACCCUGAAUGUGUAGACAGAUAACUGAAAACUCUUAUCAAAUAAUCAGGUUGCAGGAUUUAUAGCUACGCAAAUGUACUUCUCACUGAAAACUUAUCAGUGAUAACCUAUCAAUCUCUUCAUUAGAAAAAAUUCUUCCUUUCCCAUUUAGAGUCCCCAGUUUUCAGAGAAGUGAAAACUCUGAAAUCAGUGAAUGCUUUUAGAUGUGAAAGAGAGACACUAUUGCAGCUCCUGACAGAGCAGCCAAAAGUAUUGCUUUUCUUUCUAUACUACAUCAGGAGUGCGAUAUCUUGUAUAUAUGCUUUAAAAAGUGUACUUUGUAGCUGUUGCCUUUUAAGCAAAAUAGCAAUGCAUUUCCCAGAUUCCUGUGCAUUGAUGAAGCAGCAAAAUAUAUUUUGUACUAAAUGCAAAACACUUUUUACUUCUAAAUGUCGAUGUAUAUUUCUUUAUAAUGUCAAUAAAAGUUACAGAAUUGAA